AAUUAUUUUCUACUUCCGUUUCCCAUCAAUAGUCGGUUGAACUAAAGAUAAGAUAAACACUUUGUUUUUCUCUGAACUUGAAAAACUAUUAAUCCAAAAAUAUAUGAACAAGUAGAUAUGGUUGGAAAAGGAAAGAUGUUUGUAGUGAAGCGGGAUGGACGCAAAGAAGAUGUUCAUUUUGAUAAAAUAACAUCCAGAAUCCAAAAAUUAUGCUACAAUCUAGAUAUGGACUAUGUUGAUCCUUCUGCAAUUACUAUCCGGGUUAUCAAUGGUUUAUAUUCAGGCGUUUCUACAGUUGAGUUAGAUAAUCUUGCAGCUGAGACUGCAGCUACUAUGACAACUAAACAUCCAGAUUAUGCUGUAUUAGCUGCACGAAUUGCAGUCUCUAAUCUUCAUAAAGAGACAAAGAAAAGUUUUAGUGAUGUGAUACAUGACUUAUAUCAUGUGAAGGAACAAUAUACAAAUAAGCCCAAACCUGUUAUCAGUGAAAAGUAUUAUAAUAUCAUACAAAAUAAUGCGAACAAGUUAAAUUCAGCAAUAAUCUAUGAUAGAGACUUCAGUUAUAAUUAUUUUGGCUUUAAAACGCUUGAAAGAAGUUAUUUAUUGAAGAUACAUGGAAAAGUUGUUGAAAGGCCACAACAAAUGCUAAUGAGAGUUGCAGUUGCUAUUCAUAGGGAAGAUAUUGAUAGAGCUAUAGAAACUUACAAUUUUUUGUCAGAAAGAUAUUUUACACAUGCAUCACCAACAUUGUUUUCUGCAUGUACAAUGGUACAACAGAUGUCUAGCUGUUUUCUUCUUACCAUGAGUGAAGAUAGCAUUGAAGGAAUUUAUGAUACAUUGAAAAGAUGCGCACUGAUUAGUAAAUCAGCUGGUGGUAUUGGAUUAAACGUACAUUGCAUUCGAGCAAGGGGUACACCAAUAGCUGGUACACUUGGUGUAUCUAAUGGUUUAGUACCAAUGCUCAGAGUAUACAAUAACACAGCUAGAUAUGUUGAUCAGGGCGGGAAUAAAAGACCAGGAGCAUUUGCUAUAUAUUUAGAGCCAUGGCAUGCAGACAUUUUUGAAUUUUUGGAUCUGAAAAAGAAUACUGGUAAAGAAGAAAAUAGGGCAAGAGAAUUAUUUUAUGCUUUAUGGAUUCCUGAUCUGUUCAUGAAACGAGUUCUAGCAAAUGAUGUUUGGACUUUAAUGUGCCCACACGAAUCUCCUGGGCUAGCUGAUAUUUGGGGUGAUGAGUUCGAAGCUCUUUAUACACGGUAUGAAAAUGAAAAACGGUAUAAGCGUCAAGUUCAAGCUAGAGACUUAUGGACAGCUAUUCUUGUAGCUCAAGUUGAAACAGGAACCCCAUAUAUGCUUUACAAAGAUCAUUGCAAUCGAAAAUCAAAUCAACAAAACAUAGGUACAAUUAAGAACAGUAACUUAUGUACAGAAAUUGUACAGUAUUCCAGUGCAGAUGAAGUUGCUGUAUGCAACUUGGCUUCAAUUGCUGUUAAUAUGUUUGUAAAUUCUACUAAUAAAAGGUUCGAUUUUCAAAAACUGAAGAAAGUGACCAAAAUUGUCACUCGUAAUUUGGAUAAAGUUAUUGAUAUCAAUUACUAUCCAAUUCCAGAAGCAAAAACAUCAAAUUUAAAACAUAGGCCUAUAGGUAUUGGAAUACAAGGACUUGCAGAUGCAUUCCUUUUGUUGCGGUAUCCAUUCGAAAGUGAAGAAGCACAAAAGCUCAACAUUCAGAUAUUUGAAACAUUGUACUAUGGAGCAUUAGAAGCUAGUUGUGAACUUGCUGAAGAAAAGGGUAAAUAUGAAACCUACGAAGGUAGUCCAAUCAGUAAAGGAAUUUUACAAUACGACAUGUGGGAUGUUACACCAACUGAUUUAUGGGAUUGGGCAGCAUUAAAAGAAAAAAUUGCAAAACACGGAGUCAGAAAUUCUUUAUUAAUAGCACCAAUGCCGACAGCAUCUACUGCGCAAAUUUUAGGAAAUAACGAAUCUAUAGAACCGUAUACUAGUAACAUUUAUACGAGACGAGUUUUAUCAGGAGAAUUUCAAAUAGUGAAUCCUCAUUUACUACGGGAUUUAACUGAAAGAGAUCUUUGGGAUGAAGAUAUGAAAAAUGAAAUUAUAGCAAACAAUGGUUCUGUUCAAAAUGUUGAACGUAUACCAACUGAAUUAAAAAUGCUUUAUAAAACAGUUUGGGAAAUACCGCAAAAAACAGUUUUAAAAAUGGCAGCCGAUCGUGGUGCUUUUAUCGAUCAAUCACAGUCCUUAAAUGUUCAUAUGGCUAAACCCUCGACAGAAAAAUUAACUUCAAUGCAUUUUUAUGGAUGGCAGAUGGGUUUAAAGACUGGUAUGUACUACCUAAGAACAAAACCAGCCGCAAAUGCCCUUCAGUUUACAGUUGAUAAAUCGAAACUACGAAAUGUUAGUACUACUACAGCUAACGAGUCUCUUAAUUCAGAAAAUGAAAACAAUGAGGAGGAAAACAAGUUUGAUACUUCGAAAACCAGCUGGAUACAAAAUCAAAGUACUGAAAAUAUAGAAGCUGUACUUUCAUGCUCUCGUGAAAAUGGAGAUGCCUGUAUGGCUUGUGGAUCAUAAAUAUUAACGUUUAUAACAUGUACUUAAACUAUAGUUUUAUUUAGAAAUAUAAGUGUAAAGUAUUAUGAACUUUUAUAAACGUA